UAUAAAACCCGCGUCCAUUAUUAUAAUUAUUAUUAUUUUAAUUUCUUAUAAGAUGAAGGUAAUUAACUACCCUAUUCUCCAUGUAGACUUGUAGCACCAUCAUCUCUAUAUAACCUCUACUCUUGUGUCACAAAGUUGGACGUACAAUUUCCAUUUGAAAACAAAACAAAACCGAAAAGAUGGAAGAUUUAAAGAUCUCUGAAACAAUACAAAAGGGUGGAGAAAAGUAUAGAUCGUUCCUCCAUGAAGAAGCUAAAAACACCCAUUGGAGGCAUGGUGCUCCUCCUACCUAUGAUGCUGUUAACCAACUUUUUGAAGAAGGUCGAACCAAGGUAUGGGAAAAGGGAUCACUGGAAGAAAUUGUUCAAAACGCAAUAAAGUCAUGGGAGAUGGAGCUUAGCCACAAGAUUCGGAUAAAAGAUUUUAAGACCAUUAAUCCUGAUAAGUUCAAGCUUAUUGUCAAUGGGAGGGAGGGAUUGUCUGCGGAGGAAACACUGAAGGUGGGAAGUUACAAUGCAUUGCUGAAGAGUACACUUCCAGAAGAGUACAAGUACUACAAAGCAGAAGAAGAAACCUUCGAAUCCUCUCAUGACGUUUUCCGAUCAGCGUUUCCUCGUGGAUUUGCGUGGGAGGUGAUCAGCGUUCAUUCCGGACCUCCGGUGAUAUCGUACAAAUUCCGGCACUGGGGUUACUUUGAAGGUCCGUUCAAAGGCCAUAAACCUACGGGCGAAAUGGUUGAUUUCUAUGGCAUGGGCAUCCUCAAGGUUGAUGAAUCGUUGAGAGCAGAAGAUGUUGAGAUCUAUUACGAUCCGGCAGAUCUUAUCUCGAAGCUGCUUAAGGGGGAGUUGAUAUCUCAGGAGGAAAGCGCCGCCGCGGAUGCUCCUCCGGCGAACACCGGUAACUGUCCAUUCGAGAAGCAAAUUGAUGUUUAA